AUGAAGAUACAUCCAACUACUCUUGAAGAACCUCCCUCUUCAUCGAUCUCUUUUUCCACGAGCUCGUCCACUCAUGUUUUAAGAGCUUCUGUAGUUGUUCCACCAGACUCUAUCACUCGUUCCACAGCCCUACUUUCUGACACCGCAAGUCGUUCCUCACUGACCAUCGAUUCUUCGUUGAACCUUCAUUUGCAAAAAACAUUGAACGACGAGCACAAACCUUUAGUGAGAAGAGUAUUGAAAAGAAUAUGCCCAGCUCCUCAUUCCUUGCAAAAUCUCUUGUUGUUCAUAUUCCUACUGCAAACUGUGAUUUGUAUUGGCUCUAUGAUCGUUUUGAUUCAAUCGAGUGGAGAUAAGUCCAUCGAUGACAUUUCUACGAUUCAAUCCCAUUCCAUAGCUCUCUCCAUCAAUUCUCACAUUUCCACCGCGAAAGCCAUUCUCACUGAAUUGCAUCAAUUACUUUCUCUUUCAAAUCAUCUCAAUGGCGAUUCCAUUCCCGACUUACAAACUCUUUCGAAACGAGUGUUGGCCUUGUUUGCUCCAACCAAACUAGGAUAUCCAAUGACGACUCAAUUCUAUUAUGGAAAUAGUUUGAGAAAUUUCAUUUCAAUUGAAAUCACGCAAACGAGACAAUAUGUGUUGAUUCGAGACGAGAUGGCAAAUGUCAUUACAUCGACUUAUAAUGAAUUCUAUGAGCCAGUGAAUCAAGUUCAGACGAAUCCAAAUUAUGAUACCUUAAAGAGAGAUUGGUACAAGGCUGGCCUAAAGAAAACAUAUCCAGAUUACCAAUGGUCCAACAUUUUCAGUCGUGUGACUGUUAAGGGUAUUUGCAUUGCUGCUUGUACUAGUGUCAAUUACUCCAGCUACAAUUACACCUCUUUGAAUGGAACAGUCGUCCAGAAAAUUCCAGUCACACAAGUCAUUGGAGUACAUUUCGACAUGUCUCAAAUGGAUCUUCUUCUCAAUCAAACCAUUCUUCAGUAUAAAGACUAUCAAACCAAAUCCAUGGAUAUUGUCAUUGUGGAGAGAAGUGGAAAUAUUGUCACCUCAUCGAUUGGGGUCGUUCAAGACACAGCUGCAAUAAGAGUGCAUUUAAAUUCUACCACGGAUGUGUUUUCAAUGAUUUACAACGAGCUUGUUCAGAGGAAAGUAUUAUACGGGCUGGAUGGUCCUAGCAAUGCUAGUCUUCUCUACUCAGAAGCAGAGCUCUCAAAUACCACAACUAUUAUAUUCUACGUUCAGAAUCAUCGUGUGACUGUGAAAUUCAUCAAUGAUGAUCACGGAAUUGAUUGGGUCAUGAUUUUGAGCGCAGUGAAUUAUGGAUUUGUAAAACAGUAUUCACAAGUUCACCAGAAUUAUUGGCCCUUUCCAUUGUUUUGA